CACGGCGACCGGAGUCCAGAUCAAAAAGUAGCACAGCGGAGCUGCUAGCCUGCUACAGGUCGGCCACCAAACAGUCACCGGAGGGCACGCGCAGGCCAACCUGAAAGGCGGCGGCGGCGGCGGCAGCAGGUCACUCCUCUGUCCUCUCGUCUCCAGUCCACCGCAUCGCCAUGGCGCCGCCGCAGACGGUCCCCCGGCGCGGCCUCUUCAUUGGCGGGGCCUGGAGGGAGCCGUGCCUCGGGCGCCGCCUCCCCGUCGUCAACCCGGCCACGGAGGCCACCAUCGGCGACAUCCCGGCGGGCACGGCGGAGGACGUGGAGAUCGCGGUCGCCGCGGCGCGGGACGCGUUCUCCCGCGACGGCGGGAGGCACUGGUCGCGUGCCUCUGGGGCCAUGCGAGCCAACUUUCUCAGAGCGAUCGCCGCCAAGAUUAAAGAUAGGAAAUCUGAGCUGGCUUUGCUGGAGACACUUGAUUCUGGGAAACCUCUGGAUGAAGCAAGUGCAGACAUGGAUGAUGUCGCUGCAUGCUUUGAGUACUAUGCUGAUCUGGCGGAAGCUUUAGAUGGGAAGCAACGUUCACCAAUCUCUCUGCCUAUGGAAAACUUCAAGUCAUAUGUACUUAAAGAACCCAUUGGGGUUGUUGGACUGAUCACUCCUUGGAACUAUCCUCUGUUGAUGGCAACUUGGAAGGUCGCACCUGCCUUGGCUGCUGGGUGUACAGCUGUAUUAAAGCCUUCAGAAUUGGCUUCUGUGAGUUGCUUAGAGCUUGGUGCAAUAUGUAUGGAAAUAGGCCUACCACCAGGUGUCUUCAAUGUAAUUACUGGUCUGGGCCCUGAAGCUGGUGCUCCAUUAUCCUCACAUCCCCAUGUGGAUAAGAUUGCUUUUACUGGAAGUACAGAAACUGGUAAGAGGAUAAUGACUUCAGCUGCCCAAAUGGUUAAGCCUGUUUCAUUAGAGCUUGGUGGCAAAAGUCCUCUUAUUGUCUUUGAUGACAUUCGUGACAUUGACAAAGCUGUUGAAUGGACCAUGUUUGGGAUCUUCGCAAAUGCUGGUCAAGUCUGCAGUGCUACUUCUCGUCUACUGCUGCAUGAGAAAAUUGCAAAGAAAUUCUUGGAUAGAUUGGUUGCAUGGGCAAAGAAUAUAAAAGUCUCAGAUCCACUGGAGGAAGGCUGCAGACUGGGUUCAGUUGUCAGUGAAGGACAGUACGAAAAGAUAAAGAAGUUCAUCUCAACUGCAAGAAGUGAAGGUGCCACAAUUCUGUAUGGAGGUGCCCGACCACAGCAUCUCAAAAGAGGGUUCUUUCUUGAACCUACAAUUAUAACAGAUAUUAGUACGUCAAUGCAAAUUUGGCGAGAGGAAGUCUUUGGACCUGUCAUCUGCGUUAAAGAAUUCAGGAGAGAGAGUGAAGCUGUGGAACUUGCAAAUGAUACUCAGUAUGGUUUAGCUGGUGCCGUGAUCUCCGAUGAUCAAGAGAGGUGCGAGCGCAUUUCAAAGGCUCUUCAAUCUGGCAUUAUUUGGAUAAACUGCUCGCAACCAUGCUUCGUCCAAGCUCCAUGGGGAGGGAACAAGCGGAGCGGUUUUGGUCGGGAGCUCGGAGAAUGGGGCCUUGAUAACUACAUGACCGUGAAGCAAGUCACCAAGUAUUGCUCGGAUGAACCGUGGGGAUGGUACCAGCCUCCAUCCAAGCUGUGAAGGGGCAUUCAUUCCAGGAGAAUGGAGCGCAUCAUCAUUAACUGAAGACAGCAUCAGUCCUGUUCAUGGACAGGAGCUUAUGUAUAGUACAGUGCUCGUAAAUAAAAGCUCUCUGAUGAGAAAGUUGCUUCUACUUGCACUACUACUAUAGGAUUCAGGACUGAAGAGUACUAUACUAGUAUCAUGGGUUGUUAGUCUGCAUUCUUAUCAUUCGAAGUUAAUAAAGAUAAUUGGAUAAUCUUAAGACUUGCUAAUAUUAUUU